AUGGAGCCACCAGAGGGUCUGCCUCUGGCUGAGCAAAUAACGGAAGUCAAGCGAAAGCUCCGACUCGUAUCACAGGAGGCGAAGGCCUUUGGGGACUCGGCACAGAUUCAAAUAAGAAAACAACGGUCGGCUAUUGAGAAGCUUAAGGCAGAAAAUGCAGCAAUUAAGGAUGAGCUACAGCUGACAAGAGAGGCACUCUCUCAGCAGCAAAAUACGCUUUUAGGUACUCGCAUGCAGAGUUUAAACGAGCAGUGUCAGGACUUGUUACACGAGAUAGCUGAGGAGAAGAAGGAAGAGCACCAUUUAGCCGAGAACAUCCAAAUUAUGGAAGGCAGAGUCAAGAAGUGUAGGGAAGUGAUCGGGUCGUUCGGUGGGGUGUAUGCGGCGGAAGUCACCAGUGAAGCAAUAGAGAAACAAACCCACAUUCUAGAAAAUAGAUUAGACAAGGCGCUGCAAAAGCACAGCCAGGCAGUGGCUCACAACAGGAAACUUAAGGACGAAAUAAACUGUUUAAGAAGGGAAAGAGUGACUUUUAGUCACCUUUACAAAAAGGCAGAGAACGAUUUGAUUGCACACAAAAAGGCUGUUCUAGAUCUCAUCAAAGAGGCUAACCAGGCCUAUACGGAGCGAGAGGAGGCGCAGAAAUCGAUCGCCACACUUAAAGCAGAUGCAGCAAAAGAGAGGAAAAGCUUUGAAACCGAAUGGGCACAUCUGCAGCAGUUCCUCGAAGGACUGCAAAUGAGACAAUGGAACACGCAGCAGGCAAAGCGCGUGGCUGACCUUAAGGCCAGAAGGGAAGCUGACUGUGAACAUGAGGCCCAGCGUAAGGAAGGGUGUUGGGGGAGUAACGAAGAUAUUACCAGUUUGUGCGAUACAACAAAGGUGAGAAGCUACCAAGCAGCAUUUGCCAAGAUUCAGGCUGCAACAGGGAUUUCAAGUGUUGAGCAGCUCAUUGAAGCACUUAGAGUGGCAGAAGAGCACAACUUUUCACUUUUCUGUUACGUAAAUUCUCUGAGCGAUGAAGUCGAGGCCCAUGAGGCAGCAAUACACGACCUGCGCACCUCACUGAAGAGCUGCACAGAUUUACAGCAGGCGGAAUCCAGGAAGAAAACCGAAGAAGUUAGAGAGUGGGAAGGACAGUGGCAUGCAAUACAAGAGAAAGUCAAAUCCAUGGAGGCUCAAAACAAAAGUGCAACAGAACAGCUGAAGGAUAUUAUGCAGAAAACUAGGGUCAUGUUUGAAAUUGUGGGGGCAGGCAAGAGGCAUAAGGAAGAACUCUGGGCCACAGAGGAAGUCGCCGAAGUGACUAUCACAAAUUAUCUGCAAGCAGUAGAAGAAGCUGUUGAAGAUAUGUUGGAGCGCCUAUUGUGCCCGGCACAGUCCACGGAAAUAGCGGUAGCAGCAGCCAGCCAAAAGCAGCAGAAAAUAAGUACACGGGGGCAACCGAAAACAAAUGCUGGUCAUGCAAAGCAAACUCAGCAAAUUAAAGUACCAUCAGCCAUAAACAGAACAAGUAGCUUAGACACUUCAGAAGAAGAGGACGGUGAAACACGUCCCUUGUCUAGGGAGGAGCUAAAGCGAAAACUCCAAAUUAGCAAAGCAAGAAAGAGUGAACGAGAAAAAAACAAACAGAAGAAGCAGACAAGCAAAUGA